GUGGCAACUCUAGCAGCCCCCAAGGAAGGGCCAAGGACCAACAAAAGGGCUUCGCAGGACAAGUUCACCUCGCAUUUCUCUUCGGUUAAGACGGUACUAAGACGAGACCUGAUGAAGUUGACUCUUCCCUUGUUGCUUGUGGGCGCAGUAGCCUCGGUGUGCCUGGCGGAGGCGGAGCCGGAGGCCGACCCUGCGGCAAAGCCUGCGGCAGACCCUGCGGCAUGCGGAGGGAAGUUCUGCGGCGGCGGAGGAGGAGGCCUUAGCGUCAACCUGAAGGGCUCGCUCGCUAUCAACAAGGGCUUCGGAGGUGGAGGUUUCGGCGGUGGAGGUUUCGGCGGUGGAAGAAGAGGUUUCCGAGGCGGGAGGUUCCACGGCGGAAGAGGCUUCGGAGGCGGGAGGUUCCACGGCGGAGGCUUCGGAGGCGGAGGCUUCGGAGGCGGACAUCACUUCGGAGGCGGAGGCUUCGGCGGCGGAGGCUUCGGCGGCCACCACGGAGGCUUCGGCGGGCACCACGGAGGCUUCAUAGCUAAACCAGUGCUCGUCAAACCCAUUGGUCAUGGUUUCCACGGCUGCUGUGGCUAAUAUCAUGCUGUCUACCGUUUUCUUCAGGAAUAAACUCGUCCAGAACAAGAGGAACCAAAUUUAUGGGUAAACUUUUAAAUAAUAUCAUUUUCAUGUGUAUCAUUCUGUCAAUAAAAUCUUUCAAUAAGGAUA